UGUGAGUCACGGGGAGGAAGCGCUGAGCCCGGGCCGCCCCUUACAGGAUGUUCUCGGCUCGGCCGGCGCACAAACACCGCGGCUGGUAUGGGGGAGGACGGCGGCAGCCCGGGCCGGGCCGGCUGGAUCCGCAAACACUGCGGCCGGACGCUGCUCGGGACCGUCUGGAAGGAGCGGUUUAUCCGUCUGCAGAGGGGCCGCCUCCUCAUCUACCAGCAACAGGAGGAUGUCCAAUGUGAGGAGACAGUGGAGCUUGGGAAAUAUCAGCGAUGCCAGGAACAGCGGGCAUUAAUGAAGAGGAACCAGUUUAGGCUGGUUCUGAUCCGGCGAUCCGGCACCAAGGUACCUGAACUAAGAUUUCAAGUCAAUGGUGCUGAUGAUAAGGACUCAUGGCUCAAUGCCCUGAAUGAAGCGAUUGGAAAAGCCAAUGAUAAAGAGUUUGAUCAGGUUACAGUGGAUGAAAAGAAUUCUCUGGAUCAUUUAACACGCAACAGAGUCAAAAUAAACCAUACCCGAAGACCACCAACCAGACAGCAUCGGAAAGAAGUCGCCAGCGCUGUGUCCGAUGGAAUGCAGAGAUUAGAACUUGGAGCUCAGAGUCUUAUUGUUGAAGACACAACAAGUGAAGAGCAGUCAAAGGAAAAACUCAGUAACCAAACCAAGAAGAACAGACCUAUUCUUAUGCCUAAAAUCAAACCCAGUAAUGCAAAAGGCAAUGAUGGAUUAGAAAAGAAGGCAGAAGGUUCACCAGCCAAGGAGGGACAGGGGCCGCCGGUCGAGGAGGGAGAAGGUUCACCGGCUGAGGAGGGAGAGAAGCCACCAGUCGAGGAGGGGGAGGAGCUGCCGGUCGAGGAGGGAGAGGGGCCGCCGGUCGAGGAGGGAGAGGGGCCACCAGUCGAGGAGGGAGAGGGGCCGCCGGUUGAGGAAGGAGAGGAGCCGCCGUUCGAGGAGGGAGAGGGGCUGCCGGUCGAGGAGGGAGAGGGGCCGCCGGUCGAGGAGGGAGAGGGGCCGCCGGUCGAGGAGGGAGAGGGGCCACCAGCUGAGGAGGGAGAGGGACCACCGGUAGAGGAGGGAGAGGGGCCACAGACCAAGGAGGAAGAUCUAUCUUGUACCACAGAGACUGUUCCAGAUCGUCUAGAAAGUGAAGGUGAAUCUGGUUUCCAAACAAAAGUUUCUUCAGAUGCAAAUGAAAUGGAGAAACAGCCAUCUGAAACAAACAGUAAUUGUUCACUAAAUGGAGCAAAUCUAUCCAGAGUGAAAUGUGCUUCCUUGGGAGAUAUCUUAUCAGAAUCCAAGCAACAAGCAAUAAGGAAACCACUUGAUAUUCAUUGUGGCAAUCUUGAGAACAAGAAUGUGGAAAAAUUGGAAGGUGAAAUAGCUUUUGAGCUAAAAGUAACAGAGGAGCUUCUCCAACAAGCAGCUGGUGAGCAACAUCUUCAGGGUGAUAUCACCCAAGACAACUGGUCAACCAGGAGCUUGCUGAAUGAAGCCAUGGCUAAAUGGUCUGAAGCUGACAAAGUCUUGCAAGAACUUAAAGGUUUAAAGGAAUUAUGCAAGAAACCCGAGACUCUCACUUUGGAGGAAAGAGAAAGACGUAAAGAUCUGUUAACUGUCUACAGAAGAAGCGUGCCUUAGCCUGAUUGUGUAACAUACAGGAAUGGCGAUACAAACUGGGUGCUUGGUAAGUUGCAAUAUGAGUAUUUUGGACCAGGUCUGCUGUAUUCUGUUAAAUUUCUUUGGAGAGGUGGGGAGGAGGUUCUUUUCUUUGUUCAAAGUGAGAGUUUUGCACAGAUAUCUGAGAUGCUUUACAAUAAAGGAACAGAUUUUUUCAAAAACAAAGAGCAGUUUUACAAUGUGGAGCUAAGAAUUUGCAGUUCCACGCCUGCUACCCUAGUUAGUCACCAGCUUGACUACUACAGAGAUUCAAACAUUUUGCACAUGCUCAGUAUUUCACCUUUUAGCUAAACGAGAGCUUCCUCCAAUUUCCUGUUCCUGUUCCUUGCUUUGAGCCAGUUAUUUUUAAGCCUCUGGCUUUCCUGCUGUAUUUCUACACUGUCAUUUCGAGUGCGUGCAGGGGAUAUAGAAUGUGUGCUAUACGCAGCAAGCACAUUUGUAAACUGGCUAACUGUCUAAUGAAGGUCACUGCAGCAGUUGCUAAAACUGAUGUUGUCAGGUCAAUGAGGGAGAAUAUUGGUGCUUGAAUCACCUGUCUUGUGAAGGAGACAGGCAACAAUGUCCAGGUUCAUCCACAAUUAGAAGGAAGUUAAGUGUUAUGUUCUGUAACAUUGAAAUGUGAAUGUAGAAUCACUGAUUUGUUUUUACCAGUCAGUAUUUGAGUUGCCACAAAUAUUCACUGUAUUUCGAUUAACUGCAUUGUCCAAAUACAACAUUUGUAUUUCUGUGAACUCCUAUUAAAAUAUUUUUUACUGCCAAUAUUAAUAUUUAUGCAAAAAACUAAUAUGACUUUGCCUUAGUAUUUACCUAGUGGAAUUUUUUUAUAUAUCCUGCCUAUUAACACAGGUUUAUUGCUUUAUUUAUACUUUAAACAUGUUUAUAUUUUUCUGUAACAAAGGAUUCAUGCCAUGGAAUAGUAUGAAGCACUUCACAAUAAAAUUACAUUCUAUUCACCUG